UAUUAGAGAAGUAUAAUAUUAUAAAAAUGAAAUGAUUAACAUUUUUUCCUAAAGUAAUACAAACUAAUGUUGUUAUUCGUAGCGACGAAAUUUCAAAGACAAAAGUACAAAUUACAUGGUACCUGUAUAUUGUGUUUCGGAUUUUUUUUUCGUCGAGACGUUCGGAUUGAAUGCGGAUAAUAUGAUGUUUUGGAUGGGAAAAAAUCGCCGAAAGAAAAAAAAUCGAAUAACUAAAAAUUCUCCACGUGCGUGCAAUAAUUAUAACCGCAGAAGUUUGCACGACACCUAGGUAGCAUUGGAAUUAAGACUAAACUACGAUGAAGUAGGAGGAGACCGAACUUCUAGAAAGUACAAGAAUAAUAGAACAAAUUCGCAAGCUCAAAAGUAUGAAGACACUUUGCAUAUCGAAACGAACAAGGUACACGUACAAAAACAUAACACACAAAAAAGUACAAGUCUUCGUUGUUCGACUGUGUUCUUGUUAAAAACCAGCAUCUUAUCUAAUAUUCCCUUUUCUAGUAAUUGUUAAAUCGGCUCAUAAUGAUAAAUAGAAUUUCCCCUCUUGUUCCUUUCAUCCUUACAACACUGUAUGUGCAAAACUACGCUGAAGAGUUUCGGUGUGAUUCCUCUAUCCCACUUGUAGCCAAAGUGGCCUUUCAAACUAGAGGAAAAACUGGGUUAAUCUUAGAAGGAACCACUGCCCGAAUACCUCUUACCCUUGGACAAACAGCAUGUUUCACGUUGUCCACUCGUAAUUCAUCCGAUCAUUCUGAUUUACUACAAUUUCAAAAAAGAAUAUUGUAUGCUUUUCGCUUAGAAGAAGUAAGAAAUGAAUAUCCUGUACAAAAUACUUACAGUUUUAAUCAGGCAGAUCUGGAAGUAUCUUGUUUAUGUGACUGUCCAGGAGGAGUUGACAGAUGUGCCCCAAAAUAUGAGAACACUGAUUGUGAUAACUCAGAGGAUUCAGCUGCUUGUUACAAGAUUUAUCAACGAACCGCUUCCAUUGGUUGUUUUUUCAGCCUAUUUGACUCGACUGCUGAAAUAUGCUGUAAAGUUUGGAUAAGACCUCAGGUGAAAAAUGGAAUGUAUAUAGCCCUCUUACUUGGCGCACCGAGCACUAAAUUACGGGUAAAAAAAAUGGCGAUAGAUGAGAACGGAGAACCAGUGGGACCACCAGAUGUACUUGAAACUGACAGUAAAGAAGGUCGAUUUUCAUCAGAUACCUUUGAAAUAGAAAUCACAAGUGCUGUUCAAAAAGAAUUUUUAAAACCUGGUAUGUACUUUGUAAACUCAGCAGGAGAUCUGUUUCAACCCACCCACGUUUCUUUGAACUAUCCUGGCACUUACGAAAUGGAGAGGUUGGGUUGGCUUAAAUAUCAGAAUAAAUGGUACACUCCUGCCAAAAGUACGAUAAAGUCAAAACUGGAAAUAAGGACUCAGAGUUGUGCUGGAGAAACUUUCAAGAUGAUUCAUUCCUACAUCACAGAUAAGCCAGAGGACGUGUCGUCUCGAGUAAUAGACUUAUACUCGGGUAAAAUCCAGAGGAUGUUCUACAACAGAGAUGAGCGACGUGUAGAGGAGAUAUUAUCAGCUAUACAUCGUAUUGACUUUAUCAUUCAUAUCCAGGAGGAAGUCGACAUCAUGUUUCAUUAUCAACCCUCUACCUUGCACGAUUUUGAUGCUGAAAUUUUGCUGGACAAGUACUCAAAUGAAUUCUUGAACAUCACACUGAAAGGAAUUUCUGGUACGGUACUUGGAUGGGUAAGACAUGAAGAUAAAAAGUUUGCUUUCUCGAUCAUUAGUAAAUCUUUGGAACCAACAACGACUACAAUUUACAAACCAACAAGUUUUUGCAUAAACAACACACAAACUUGUCUUCGACCAAUAUCCACAAAGCAUCUUAUUUGUAAAAUUAUUUCCUGUAGGAAAGAACCACUAGAGGGAGUAAUUAGAGAAGAUGGAACAUUAUUAGAAGUCGGAGGAUUAGAAGAAGAGCCUUGGAAUGAAAAGGUUUUCAGUGUUCUGUGGGAUUUUUUAAAUCCAAAGAAGUGGUUCGAAAGUUGGACUGGAUUGGCCGCGAUUGUGAUAUAUAUCAUUAUAGCAAUAUUUCUUCUAAUGGUUGCAUCUCAAAUACUUAUUUGUGUUAGUUCUGUGGCGAAGCUGAGAGGAGAUUGUGUUAGACCGGUACAGUCGCCUAUUAGUCAUAUUAGUCAUACAAAACCGUGUAAUUGUGGUCAAAACCAAAUUCAACGUGACAGUUUGAUAAAAUGAACAUGUUUUAUUCAGUUUAACGAGUAAAUAAUAUUUUCUUUUGAAUUAUUAGAUACCUAGAGCUAUCGAAGUUCCGAAGUUUGAUUAAUACAUAAAAAAAUUGAGUAGAUGUUCCCAACUAAAUAUGUAGACUAGACAAGUUUAGUUCAUCAUAAUUUUCCAUAAGUUUAUAAAUGAAUCAAAUCAUCUAUGGAAAAAAUGUUAUCGUCAAAAAUCAAUUUAGUUUUGAUCAAAUAACUUUGCAUACACUUAAUAAGCUUAGCUUUCUUAAUGACAAUCAUUGUCUGAAAAACUAAACAAAGUAAUGCUGACAUUAUAAUUUCAACUAAUAAUAGAUAAAAGUCACUGUAAGAUAAAUUACAGAUCAGAGUAAAAGAUACUGUAAAUAACAAUGUUCAAACAAUAAUGACUAUUUCUAUUAUUAUAUAAAGUAGAAAUAAGGGUAAAAUUGGGUUCGUUUUUGUGGUCGAUCAUUGGCUAAGGAGAUGUUUUUGUGGUCGGUCAUUGGCUAAGGAGAUGUUUUAAAAAUCAAGGCAUUAUGUAUUUGAUAUGAUAUUUCAUGGAUAUCGGUCUGAAUGUUUCUGGUCAAACGUUUUACUGAAUGACAAACAUACUUUCUGUCAACUAUAUAAAACGUUCUGAUCUCCUUUUUUCAAUCCUAAUACAACUUUAAUUACCUAUUUCUAACAUCUUAUAUGCUCUGUCUGAUAGUUUUUAUUUUUAAGGGGGAGCUGUACUUUCAGAUCUUCGACGAAGAAGAUUGUAUUUAAGAUCCUAACAAUCCCACUUUCUUUAACUGAGGAUGUUCUCGACUCUUAAGCUCAACUUUUUAGCGUUGUAUAAAAUUACAAUAGAUUUUUGGUGUUCCUCAAGAGAUUUGAAACAUUUGGUUGCUCUGAUAUAAAAUAUAUCGUUCUUUAUUGUUAAAACAUACAUAAAUAGACAUUCUCUAGAGGGUUAAUAUUCCAAUAAUUCCCAGCCUACUGUUGAAACUUUUCCCUUUGUGACGUGUAUGAGGACUGUUGAAAACUGCUUUUAUUUUCACAGGACUGCUUUUAACACACAGUUUGACCACGAGCAUGUAAAGCAUUGCCUAAACCAUAUUAUUUUAUUUAGAAAGGACCAAGUUUCAACCAUCAUAAGAAGAAUUUCACCUAUCUCUAACCAAAAAAUAUUCUAAGACUUUGUAAUAUUUUUUAUUUUCUGUUUUUGAAAGAUGGUAUGAACUUUGUACUUUUUUAUUUUAGCUGCAGAUGCUUUUUGAUGAAUUCUUAUAGUUGAAGUAACUGUGUGUUUCCAUCAUCUCACUGAUCGUGAAAAUCUUCCUGCAGAAAACAUGUCAGUUUUGUUGACACCACCUGCAGGUCCGUACAAACACAGUAGGACUUUUUCGGUAUAUUCAGAUCUUCGUGUAAUACCACUCUUAGAUAUUUACAUUCUCGUGUAAUUCAAGAUAAAUCAAUCUUGAAAAAGUUUACUCCCACCCACUAUAUAUUUAAUUUCAAACUCUUAGAGUUAAAUUGGGCACUAUUUGAACAAAGGGACCUUCCUUUCUGGGUAGUUACUGAAAAGACAAUUAAAGUCACACAGAAUUCUUGGAUAAAUCAAAAAUUGCUACAAAAAAGAAAUAAAAAAAAUCAUGUUUAUUCAAAAAUCUCAUCGUACGCAUUGAACAAAUGAUAUUCAUUGCUCCCUUCUUUCAGUGACGACGAAAUAGAACACUGCUCGUCAGAGACACCUAUGUUUAAGAUAUAACAAAAGGCUUUUAUAUUUUCAAGUAACUUUAAAUUAAUAUCAACCAUUAUUUUAAUAAGUAAUAUUUUGGUUUAAAGUACAGUAUUAAACAAGUUAUUCAUGAAUCGAUUGUAAACCACAUUUGUUUCAUUGUUCUCGCACGUGAAAGGUUCAAAUAAUUUUAUGAAUCGUAUAUUCGUAGUCAUAUAUAUCACAUGAACUAGGUGUUCGUUAAAACAUUGCAUUUUUUUUUAACAAACUGUGCCGCUAACAGUAAUGCAUAAUGUUUCACUUGCAUUCACAAUUCCUGUAAAACAGCAAUCUGUUACUUGGUGAAGUACAAAGGUAAACGAUUCAGUUUAUAAACCGAGAAUAACUGUUACAUGUAAAGAUCGUGAUGAUGUGUAUGUUUGAGUCAAUAUUUUAUGGAAUUGCAUUAAUAUUUCAAUAAUCUAUAAAAAGAUGCCAGGUCAUUUAUUUGUUAAUUAUUCAAUGACUAUACAUGACAUUCAGUUAUGAAUUAUUAUUAUUAACUUAGACCUCGAGAUAUUCUGUAUAUAAAACAAAACAAAUAAUUGUUGAUUGCAUAUAUGCUUAAGUAACCUGAGAGCUUAACGAAAUGUUAAUGUUCAUAGCUUCACAAAGUUUCUGUGGUUGACACAUAUGUGUAUGAUAUAUUGAUUAUAUGUGUGACUCGGCGGUUAAAGUGCCUUUCAACAUUCAUACUUACAAGGUAAACGUGUUAUAUUCACUUUUGUUUAACGCAAAUCAGAUACUUGAUAAUAACUAUUUGCUGCAAGUAGUCAAAAUCCCUAAAGCUUAUCACUGAAAGUGGCUACGUUCUUCAAUGUGUAGUUGCCAAAUAUAAUUAGGUUACACAUGACAUGAUUAGUUUCCCUGCUGGCAGUUGCUGUUACCAAUUUAAUAAGGCAAUAGUUUGUUUGUUUGUUUUGAAUUUCGCGCAAAGCUACACGAGGGCUAUCAU